AUGGGCACCUCCAGCUCCAAGUCCAAGAGGGCCAAGGCGGCGAAACGCGCGCAGGACCAGGUGACGGAGGUGGACCGACAGGUGCUCGGUCUCAAGACGCAGAAGAGGAAACUAAACGCGUACGCCAAACGCGUGGAGGAGGCCAUCGCGCGGGAGACGUCCAAGGCUCGCGAGCUCGCCAAGUCUCCCGCCACGAAGGUCAAGGCGCUCAACGCGCUGCGUCUGCGUAAGGUCCAGGAGCAGCUCCUCGACCGCGUCGAGGGAUGGAUCCUGCAGGUGGACGAGCUCCUCUUGGGCAUCGAGUCGGCGCAGGCGACGGCGGUUGUGUUGGAGAAGCUCAAGAUGGGCAACGAGGCGCUGCGGAACGCUCAGCGGGGGUACUCGCUGCGGGACGUGGAGAGCGUGCUGGCGGACAUGGACGACGCGAGGGAACACGAGGAGGCGGUCCGGGCGAUGAUCGAGGGCUCGCUCUCCGCGGAGGACGACGAGGUUUGCGAGGCGGAGCUCGCGGCGCUGGAGGCGCUGGAGGCGCUGGAGGCGACUGAGGAGACUGAGACUGAGCCGAGCGAGGCGACGACGACGCGGGUCGCGGGGACGAGCGGGGCGGUGCCGACGAUGCCGGACGUGCCGGAGAAGGCGCCGAACCUCCCGGACGCGCCCCUGGGAUUGGGCACCGCGGGAGCCGUCGAGGAGGAGGAGGAGGAGGAGGAGAGGAGGGAGGCUUUGGCAGCUUGAUUUUUUGUGGAGAAAUCAGCAGCUGGUGCGA